GGAAAGUUCAGGCUCAGUCUUGUGGCGGGCAAAGGAGGGAGCUGGCAGGAUUUUUGGUCUAUUUCCCUCCUGGGGGUUUAUUGCUGCUCCGACAGAGCUUUUCCCCUUGUGUUGGCAGCUUCUCUGAGGGAGAGACACACAGGAAGAACCAGGAGCCCUGGACUGCACAAACAAGGAACGUAGGAGGAGUCCAUAUAAGCAAAGGGACUGGAAGGAUUUCACCUUGUUGCUGCUUGUUUCAGGCGAUUUUCCGUCCUCCUCCUUCUUGAAACGCCCCAGCAGAGGGUUUCUUUGUUGCUUUCACGACCGACCAGAAGCAAAUCCUUUGCAUGUUUUUUGGAGGUGGUUUUUACUGCGGUUCCCUUGCAAGAAACAGACCAGCACCUUCCUGCUAGCAGGGAAAUCUGAUCAACUGAGGUUUCCCCCACCUCCGGCUGAGUGUGAGAGUUCGAGUGACACCCCUACUGGCCUGUAGCUGACUUCAAAUCUAACUGGACUCACAGCUAGGGCUGCUAAAUCUACCUGGUCAAGGACCCUUCAAACCCUCAUAUUGAUGACAGAUUUGUAGCCAAAGGAAAAUCGGAUUAAUAUAAUUGUGGCGCUCUGGGGGGAUAUCUUGAGACUACUCUGUCUGCAUGGCUAAUCUUGAAAUUGUCUGAAAUAAAUCUUUAGUGCAAGGAGUAGUGCGAUAUUUCCCCUUGGUUUUAGGUUUAUUUUCUACUCAUACAAGCAUUUAACACUUUUGUAGCAGGGGUUUAACGGGGAAUGGGACACAUACGGAACACUAACCUGCUCCAUAACAAUCACAAGUGGGAAUAGUUUCCGUCAUCUUUGCGGUAUGAAAGGUGCACUCUGGAUUGUCUGCUGGUGGCUCUCUAAAUGGAUCAAUCUGUCUCUGGUUUUGCUAGCGAUGUGAUGAAGGAUCCAGAUUUAUUGGAAUACUAACGCCAAUAAACUUACUCUCUCAGCGUUGAAGGCAUUGGAUGUGACAGUGCAAAGAAACAUGUGUUUCACAUUUCUGCCUGGUUGUUUUGGUGCAAUCAAUACCUCCACAAGAUACAUUGAUUUAGAUGGCGAUUAUAACACAGUCAUGCACACGGCGUGCUGCCUUCGGGUUGCAUGCAAAGUGAGCACAAAUCACCGAGUCCUCCGCUCCUGUAAACCGGGGGUUUCUGUUCCCCCCAAACUUCAGGAUGAAGGCAAAGGGCGAUGUCCUCAACCCACCAAAGAGAAACCGGCCUCGGGGUGUGGAGUGAUCAAUGGCCAAAGAGCUGACAAAACUGUCACCAGGCAGUCGGAUCGACUGGGGAUCCGUGAAGAAAUAAUAGUUGGAAGAAAGGUGGAUCGAGAAAUUAUUGCACGAAGGAAUAGCUGGAGAGACCGGAUGAUGAUAAAGUUAAACUUCUGUUUCUUCUUCUGUCGCGGAUGGUGGGCGUUUCUGUUGAUUCAGCUCCACAUGUUGCAAGCACUGGCACAAGAUGACGUUGCACCAUACUUCAAGACUGAGCCUGGUUUGCCCCAGAUCCAUCUAGAGGGGAACCGUCUUGUACUCACGUGCCUUGCGGAAGGCAGCUGGCCCUUGGAAUUUAAGUGGUUACACAAUGACACUGAAAUCACGGCCUACUCCACUGAAUAUAAAUACAUCAUCCCAACCUUGCAAAGGUCCCAUGCUGGGUUUUAUCAAUGUGUGGUGCGGAACAGGAUGGGGGCACUCUUGCAAAGGAAAUCUGAAGUUCAAGUGGCAUAUAUGGGAAAUUUCAUGGACACAGACCAGAGAAAAACAGUGUCACAAGGACAAGCUGCAGUUCUAGAAUUCCUGUACAUCAUCAGCUAUCCCAGACCACAAGUGACUUGGUUUAGAGAUGGCCACAAGAUUAUUCCAAGCAGCAGAAUAGCUAUAACACUGGAGAAUCAGUUGGUGAUCCUUGCAGCAGAAGCAACAGAUGCAGGAGGUUACUAUGUCCAAGCAGUCAAUGAAAAAAAUGGAGAGAACAAGACGAGUCCAUUUCUUUAUCUGAGUGUAGCGAAUGCCAACAACGUGUCUGACACCACAGCUCCUAUCAUUGUAGUCCCUCCGCGCAACACCAGUGUGGUAGCAGGAAGCAGUGAAAUCACACUGGAAUGUGUGGCCAAUGCAAGACCUGUUGAGAAACUGAGCAUGACCUGGAAGAGAAAUGGAAUAAAAAUAAGCAGUGGGGUUAACAGUUUUGGGAGACGUCUUACUAUCACCAACCCAACCACUGCUGACAUUGGGAUGUACUUUUGUGAGGCAGAGUUGAAAGACAGCACUGUUGAGCCGGCAAGAGCAAAGGCCUUCCUCUCUAUAAUGGAGCCACCCUAUUUCACUGCUGAGCCUGAGAGUCGAAUUUUGGCCGAGGUGGAGAAAACAGUGGACCUCUUAUGUCAGGCAAUGGGAGUUCCCAUUCCCACUCUAGCCUGGUAUAAGGACUCUGUUCCUAUCAACGAGCUACAGAAUCCUCGUUACAAAGUGCUAACGGAUGGGGGGCUGCAGAUCCAGGGACUGCAUCCUGAUGACUCUGGAAUCUUUCAGUGUUUUGCCAGUAAUAAAGCUGGAGAAAUACAGACUCACACCUACCUGGAUGUAACCAAUAUUACACCAACAUUUACCCGACCUCCAAUGGACACUACUGUUACAGAAGGGAUGACUGCAGUAUUAAGCUGUGAGGUUACUGGGGCUCCAAAACCUGCCAUCACAUGGAAAAGGGGGAACCAGAUCUUAGCCAGUGGCUCUGUUCAGAUUCCCAGGUUCAUUCUUCUUGAAUCUGGUGGGCUCCAGAUUAUUCCCGUCUUCCUCCAGGAUGCUGGCAAUUAUACCUGCUAUGCAGUCAACUCUGAAGGAGCCCUGAAUGCUUUCGCUAUCCUGACUGUUUGGAAUCGCACUUUUAUUGUUCACCCUCCUGAAGACAGCACUGUUAUUAAGGGAACCACAGCCACUCUACAAUGUGAAGCAACUCAUGACCCUAGAAUUUCAAUCAGGUAUGUUUGGAAGAAGGAUGGCAUUGUAAUAAACCCAUCUAGCAGUUCCAGAGUUACAGUAGAGAAAGGUGGUACCCUCCUUAUUAGCCAGACCUGGUCAGGUGACAUCGGAGACUACACCUGUGAGGUUAUUUCUUUCGGAGGAAAUGAUUCGAGAAAGGCUCGACUAGAAGUGAUAGAGCUGCCUCACUCCCCUCAGAAUCUUCUGGCCAUCCUGAAUUCUUCAUACAGCCACAGCGUGAUGCUUUCCUGGGUGCGUCCCUUUGAUGGAAACAGCCCUGUUCUCUACUAUAUAGUAGAGUUGUCUGAGAACAACUCUCCCUGGAAAGUGCAUCUAUCAAAUGUUAACCCUAAGAUGACCAGUAUCACUGUGAGUGGAUUAACUCCAGCCCGUACCUACCAAUUUAGGAUGUGCGCUGUUAACCAGGUGGGCAAGGGCCAGUAUAGCACUGAGACCAGCAGAUUGAUGUUACCUGAAGAACCUCCCAGCGCUCCUCCUAAAAACAUAGUAGCGAGUGGACGUACCAAUCAGUCUAUCAUGGUUCAGUGGCAGCCUCCUCCUGAAAGUGAACAUAAUGGGGUUCUCCAUGGGUACAUCCUAAGGUAUCGCCUGGCAGGCCUCCCUGGGGAGUAUCACUAUAAGAACAUCACCAGCGCAGAGAUUAACUACUGUUUGGUGAAAGACCUGAUCAUCUGGACUCAGUAUGAAAUCCAGGUGGCAUCUUACAAUGGAGCCGGGCUGGGAGCAUUCAGCAGAGCAGUGACAGAGUACACUUUACAGGGAGUGCCUACAGCUCCACCACAGAAUGUGCAAGCUGAAGCUGUGAACUCCACGACCAUCCAGUUCCUAUGGAAUCCUCCACCACAGCAGUUUAUCAAUGGUAUCAAUCAGGGAUACAAGCUCCUGGCAUGGCCAGUGGCUGCACCAGAGUCUGUGACUGUGGUCACCAUUGCUCCUGAUUUUCAUGGCGUUCACAGUGGCUGCAUUACCAACUUGAAGAAAUUCACUGCUUAUUACACAUCAGUUCUAUGUUUCACCACACCAGGGGAUGGACCACAAAGCCCACCAGAGCUGCUGUGCACUCAUGAAGAUAAGCCAGGAGCUGUGGGACACCUGAGUUUCACUGAGAUUCUGGACACGUCUCUCAAGGUCAGCUGGCAGGAACCUGUAGAGAAAAAUGGCAUAAUUACAGGCUACCAGAUCUCCUGGGAGGUGUACAGCAGGAAUGAAUCUCGUCUGGCUCGCACUCUAGCCAACACAACCCUUGAAUACAAAAUCACUGGGCUGUCGUCUCUCACGACCUACACUAUUGAGGUGGCAGCUAUGACUGCAAAAGGCACUGGGUUGGUCACCUCCUCUACCAUUUCCUCUGGAGUGCCCCCAGAACUCCCCGGUGCCCCAUCUAAUCUGGUUAUUUCUAACAUCAGUCCUCGCUCUGCCACGCUUCAGUUCCGGCCUGGAUAUGAUGGGAAAACCUCCAUCUCCAAGUGGAUAGUAGAGGGACAGGUUGGUGUUCUAGGAGAGGAGGAGGAGUGGGUGAGUCUAUAUGAGGUGGAGAAUGAACCUGAUGCCCAGAUGCUGGAGAUACCAAAUCUCAUUCCAUACACUCAUUACAGAUUCCGGAUGAGACAGGUGAACAUUGUCGGCCAAAGCCCGCUCAGCCAACCAUCUCGUGUCAUCCAGACACUGCAGGCACCACCAGAUGUUGCACCAGGGAGCGUUACUGUACGCACUGCCAGCGAGACUAGCUUGUGGAUCCGAUGGAUGCCUCUCCCGGAUGCUCAAUAUAAUGGCAACCCAGAGUCGGUGGGUUACAGGAUAAAAUUGUGGCGUGUGGAUCUGCAGUCUCCAGUGCUCAUGAAGAUCAUCAGUGACCGGCUGGAGAGGGAAUAUACUGUUGAGGAUCUGGAGGAGUGGGUAGAAUAUGAACUGCAGAUUCAGGCCUUCAAUGCCAUCGGGGCAGGACCAUGGAGUGAAGUGGUGAGAAGUUGCACACGGGAGUCUGUUCCUUCUGCUCCCCCUGAGAAUGUGUCAGCUGAAGCAGUAAGCUCCACCCAGAUCCUACUGACAUGGACAUCAGUACCUGAACCAGAGCAAAAUGGACUUAUUCUGGGCUACAAGAUUCUGUUUAAAGCAAAAGAUUUGGACUCUGAACCAAAGACCCAAAUAGUGAGAGGUAACCACACCCAGAGUGUCCUGCUGGCCAGCUUGAGGAAAUAUGUUCUUUAUGAGAUUCAGGUGCUGGCAUUCACACGUAUUGGAGAUGGGGUCCCUAACUUCCCUCCAGUCAUAGAGAGAACCAAGGAUGAUGCCCCAGGACCUCCUGUGAGGCUGGUGUUCCCUGAAGUGAGACUGACAUCAGUACGAAUUGUGUGGCAACCACCAGAGGAACCCAAUGGAAUUAUUCUGGGAUAUCAAAUUGCAUACCGCCUGGCAACCAGCAGCCCUAACAAGUUCACCACAGUGGAAGUUGGCUCAACAGUCAGACAGUUCACAGCUACCGAUCUCAGCCCUGAGUCUGCAUACAUCUUCCGGACAUCUGCCAAGACCAGACAGGGCUGGGGAGAGCCUCUGGAAGCCACAGUAAUCACUACAGAAAAGAGAGAGCGGCCAGCACCUCCCAGAGAGCUGAGAAUACCGCAGUCUGAGGUGUCAUCACAGAGCCUGCAGUUACAAUGGGUUCCUGGUAGUGAUGGAUCUUCACCAGUACGGUACUUCACUGUGGAAGUGCGGGAGCUACCAAAUGGAGAAUGGAAAACCUAUUCCUCUUCCAUCAGUCAUGAGGCAACGUCCUGUGUUAUUGAGAGGCUGAACCCAUUUACCUCUUAUAAGCUGCGCCUGAAAGCAACCAAUGAUAUUGGAGAUAGUGACUUCAGUGCUGAGACAGAAGCAGUCACUACUCUGCAGGAUGUUCCAGGUGAACCUCCACGGUCUGUAUCAGUAACUCCCCACACUACCUCCUCUGUCCUCGUUCAGUGGCAGCCCCCAAAGGUUGAGAGUCUGAAUGGCUUGCUGUUGGGGUAUCGGAUUUAUUACCGGGAGCUGGAGUAUGAAACUGGGCCUGGAACAGAGUCCAAGACUAUUAAAAUCCCUUCAGCUUUACGAGCUGAGCUUACACCCCAAAGCAGCUUCCAGACAGUGAAUAGCCCCUCUGCAUUAACGACGUAUGAAUUAACACAGCUGAAGAAAUACAAGAGAUAUGAAGUUGUAAUAACAGCAUAUAACAUCAUUGGGGAGAGCCCUACCAGUGCACCUGUGGAAGUGUUUGUUGGUGAAGCAGCACCAGCAAUGGCCCCACAGACCAUCCAAGUAAAUGCCCUUACUGCGAGCCAGCUAGAGAUCACCUGGGACCCACCUCCUGUCGACAGCCAAAAUGGGAACAUACAAGGCUACAAGAUUUAUUACUGGGAGAUGGACAUCCAGAAUGACACUGAGAAAGUGAAGGUCCUUUUCCUCCCAGAGACAACAGUUCGGCUGAAAAAUCUGACCAGCCACACCAAAUACAUGGUCUGCAUAUCUGCCUUCAAUGCAGCAGGGGAUGGACCAAGAAGCAGCCCCAGGCAGGGCAGGACACACCAGGCUGCUCCCAGCGCUCCUAGCUUCCUGGCAUUCUCAGAAAUCACUUGCACUACACUCAAUGUGUCUUGGGGAGAGCCGACGGCAGCAAAUGGAAUCCUGCAGGGUUAUCGAGUGGUGUAUGAGCCCUUGGCACCAGUCCAGGGGGUGAGUAAGGUGGUGACUGUGGACAUAAAAGGAAAUUGGCAGCGCUGGUUAAAGGUCCGAGAUCUAACCAAGGGGGUGACCUACCUAUUCAGAGUGCAAGCCAGAACCAUCGCCUAUGGACCCGAGCUACAAGCCAACAUCACAGCUGGGCCAGCAGAGGGGUCUCCUGGUUCCCCUCAAGAAAUUCUGGCUACAAAAUCUGCUUCUGGGCUGACUCUGCAGUGGACUGAGGGCGAUUCAGGGGACAAACCCACAACUGGCUACAUCAUAGAGGCACGGCCUUCAGAUGAAGGACUGUGGGAUACGUUUGUGAAGGACAUCCCCCGCAGUGCUACCUCCUACACAGUCGGUCUGGACAAGCUAAAACAGGGGGUGAGCUAUGAAUUCCGAGUGGUUGCAGUAAAUGAGUUUGGCUAUGGAGAACCAAGCAUCCCAUCUGCAGCAGUAUCAGCCCAACUGGAAACCCCUUUCUACGAAGAGUGGUGGUUCCUGCUAGUGAUGGCUCUGUCUAGUCUCAUCCUCAUCCUGUUAGUGGUGUUUGCGUUGGUCCUGCAUGGCCAGAGCAGGAAAUACAAGAACUGCAGCACAGGUAAAAACAUCUCAAAUGUGGAAGAGUCGGUCACACUGGAUAACGGAGGCUUCACAUCCCUGGAGCUCAACAGCCGACAUCUCAACGUAAAGAGCACUUUCUCCAAGAAGAAUGGGACGAGGUCCCCUCCUCGCCCAAGCCCUGGUGGGCUGCACUACUCAGAUGAGGAUAUCUGCAACAAGUACAAUGGAGCAGUGCUGACUGAGAGUGUGGCCCUGAAUGAGAAGCCUUUGGAAGUGUCCGAAUCAGAGGCCACUGACUCAGAUUAUGAAGAUGAGUUGCCAAAGCACUCUUUUGUGAACCAUUAUAUGAGUGACCCCACAUACUACAAUUCUUGGAAGCGUCAGCAGAAGGGUGUGAAGCACCCAACGCCCUACAGCUUCAGAAAAGAAAGCGAUUCCAAACCAAAAACUUCAGAGAGUGCGUUUAACAGCUUUUGAAGUUGAGAUAACUAUCCGCAGUUCUUGGGAUGGAAAGUGUCUUGGAGAGACGUGUGCUUGAGGGAAGAAAGGAGCCUCCCUCUCUUCCAGUACUGCUUGUGCACAGGGGACAACUGGAACUUGCUGUGAAGGUGAAUGUAGAAAUGGAGAACAUGGAAAGAAACGACUGCCUUUCUGUGCACUUUGACUGUUCUCUUAAGCCAUAUGGACAUUGCUUUAAUUAAUUAACUGAAAAUAAUUUGUUUUGAAUCUGUUAUUUGAAUUUUUGUUUUGUUUCUUGGGGAAAAUUACAUGAGUGAGGGUUUUGCUUUGAUUUUUUUAAUAGCCGCAUUAUUUCCUGUGAUUUGAUUUUUUUCAGCUUUAUUAUUUCCUGUGUCUGAGUGUGUAUUUUUAGAUUUGUUUGGGGUUUUUUUGUACAGAAUUGUUUCUACAGUGUAGCUGCCCUGGCAGUGUGAUUGCUGUUGGAAUUUUAGCAACUGCACUGAUCCAAUAGCCUUGAGGGAUGAUGUUAGUGGAAGCAUGUUUCCAGGCCCUUUCUGGUAAGAUACAUGGAUUGGAAGGGCUUAGAUCCAAACCUGGAAAGGCUUAGGUCCAAAGUCAGCCUUAGCUUAAGCAGGUGCACCACCACUGAUGACAACACCAGGUCUGAAUGUGGCACAUGAUAGAGCACUUCCUGGAAUAGUGUUACCACUGCAUUGGUUUGUAUCCCAACUUCCAUUCUCAUUUUGCAAACAGCUAGUGAACAGUGCAUGAUAAAAGGAAAUGGACCUUAAUGGCAACCAUUCCCCUGUGGCUUGAAGAGGACAAUGGUGAGAACUUGAUAGGGUGAGGUGAAGGGAAUAUUCCUCCUUCCUUAGACCCUUCUGCUAGUUAACAAAAUUCCUGACAGUUGAGUUUGUUGAGGGCCUGCUGCAUUGGCUGUAUGAGAACUCUCUUUGACUCCCAAAUAAAAAUGUCAAGUGUGAUUCUUUUAGGACCUGUUGACACUAACAGAGUAAGUUCUACUCAGUUCUACUCUACCAGUCAUUUCCACAUCUGUACAUUUAUUUAGGUUACUCUAUCCAUAAAGAAUGGAAGUGCAUGGCAUUAGUUACUCUUACCAAAUGGGAAUAUAACAUGCAUUACCCCUCCCACUAUCGUGUAUCAUAGUUAAACACAUGAUGAAGUUGAGCCUCCCGUCAUCUGCUGUUAGUAUUCUGUAGUUGAAAAAGUAUGAUUAAUAGUUGUGUUUUAUUUAUUAGGAUUUAAGGGAUUUAAGAUAAAUUGCCAUGUCUGGCAUGACGCGCCCCAUCAGUUAGCAAGAAAGUCCCUGUUUCAAAGCUGUGAUCUUUGGGAAUCAGAUCCUUUAAAAGUUAUGUUUCAAGUCUGAGGAAAACUCAAGACACCAUUCCACAUUUUAGCCAAUAAGACCUGAGUAUGCAAAUAAACUAAAGCGCACUAUAGGUUGAGAUAGCUGUAUGUCAAAAUCCUUCUACCCAUCACACCCACCUUCCACCAUAUCACUGUUCAGAACAAUCGUUUAAUUCAAAGCUUAUAUUUAAAAAAUCUGUUUCACUCUUUUGCUCCCUCCCUCCCCCGUGGAUCUAUUUAAAAACAAAAGCAGCAUAAUUAACGAAUCCAUGCAGGAGCACAGAGGGACAUCUCUGAUCUGAUUUUAAUGGAAACAUGUUUUUCUUGUCGUAGCCUUCAAAUAUAUCAAACCUCACACAGGAAAACAGUGCAUAAUAUUACACACCCAUCUCUGGGCUCAGAUUUCGCUGCAAACCACUCAGUCAAUGAUGUCAUCUUUGAGGUGAGCAUAUAACCUGAAUCUCAAGUUA